AUGGACCAUGAGUUCAGGCAGUUCUACGAAACACUUGAGAAGGGGAAGUUCAAGUUCUUUGGAAAGGGAGAAGGAUACAGCGUGUUCAACUCCGAUAUCGAGAUGAUUCCUCAGUACAACGCCAGAGACGUGAUCGAAAGAAAGGAAAUGAAGGAGCUAAGGCUUUCUAAAGGAGAAAUUGAAGGAAUAGUUCGAGCACUGUUAACUGAGAUCAAGAUUGGGGUACAGGAAUACAACGGCCAAGUUCUUGUAAGAGAAGGAUUCCCAGGAAACUGGAAGGACUUUACAGACUUGCUGCUUGAUGCUAGAAGUAUUCCAUCAAUUGCAGCCGUCAAACUAGGAGAGGUGGUUGAGAUCAGCUUCCUUAUCACAUCGGAGUCAACGAUCUACACAUCUGUCUUUGAGGAUGAUGAAAUAUUCAGCAGCCUGUACUGGAUCCUAAGUGAAGUAAAUGUGGUUGAGGUUGUAUACGAUAACAAGAAGCUUGGAGGUUUCUUCAACAGAUUAGGGGUUUCAAGCAGCUUGAGAAGAUGUGAAGAAAACACUGUAAAACUCCUGUGUAGAUAUCUCAGGAUAUCUGAAGAGAAUUAUAAGUGUGAGGAAUAUACUAGGCCAUUUAUAUGCAGGAUAGAUAGAAGCGUCCUGUCUGCAUUGAAUGUGUGCAGUGAUGACGAACAUUGUGUAGCUAAGACCUUUUGUUGUUAUACAAACCAGGGCUGGAGACUCCUGCACAGAAUGUUUUUGCAACCUCUUCGUAACAAGGAUGAGAUUGAGAGAAGGUUGGAAACCGUUGACUCAUUGAGAACACUUAACCUGAACAUCUUGAAGAAAUUUCCAGAUCUUCUAAGGCUAUCUAAGCGAAUAGAAACAGGGAGAAUAUCCUUGAGGGAAAUCCUCAGACUUAUUCAGACCAUCGACAUCAUUCCAGAGCUCUUGUCUUCCUUUUCAUCCUCUUUGCCUCUCACCAGAGACUUUUCUAAGCCUCUUAAGAGUAUCUUUUCGGCUUUUGGCCCGUUCAAAGAAGAGAUUGUACGAGUAGUCGAUUUAGAGGCAGCAGAAGAAAACGUGUAUAGGAUUAGACCUGAUGUGUCUGCAAGGCUUCUUGAGCUUUCCGAGGCUCUGGGAGAAAUCGAGAAGGAGAUGAAUGGGGAGUAUGAGAGGGUGUCUGAGAUUUAUCCGAAGAUCAAGAUAGACAAAAAUACUGGAGUCUUCAAGACUACAAAGGGUGAGUACCAAAAAGCUCAAGAUCUUCUUAGGAAGGAAGGUUUUGUUGAGCUAAACUUUGUAAAGGGAGGAGUCACACUUACAACCAGAAUCCUUUCCUCCUUAAAUGGGAGACAGGUAGCGCUUAAAAAAGAAAUCGAUGACGAGGAGAAAGAGGUUAUGGACCGAAUCAAGAGAAUGCUGAAAAGUUACAUAUCUCAAAUCGAGUCCUUGAACUACCUGACUGCAUUGAUAGACGUGUUCAAUGCAUUUUCCAUCAAAGCCUCUCUCAAGGGAUAUUCAAGACCCAUGUUCAACAAAGGGAUAUUUGAAAUAAGAAAUGGUUUCCAUCCGGUUCUUGAAGAUCAGGACUAUAUUUCUAACUCGAUAAGGAUGGAGGAGAAGAAGAUGUGCGUGGUGACUGGCCCGAACAUGGGAGGGAAAAGCACCUUCCUUAAAACAUGUGGCGUGGUCGCUCUUCUUGCACAUAUAGGAUGUUAUGUUCCUGCAGACUAUGCCAGUAUUCCGAUUCUUGACGGGAUAUAUGCCAGAGUCGGGGCUAACGACUGUUCAUUCACAGGCUCAUCCACAUUCAUGAUGGAGAUGGCAGACAUAGCAAGGAUAUGCCGUCUGAGCUCGUCCGAGUCACUAAUCAUAAUAGAUGAGCUUGGAAGAGGGACUAGCGCAAUCGAUGGCUUGAGCAUUGCACAGGCUGUCAAAGAACAUAUUGUUCAGAAGAAAGCCCUGUGUCUUUGUGCUACACAUUUUCCCGAACUCUGCGGAGACGACGUGUUGAAUAAGAAAGUUAAGAACGAAGGAACACUUCUUAUGUAUGAGGUUGUUGAUGGGGUAUGUGACACAAGCUUUGGAAUAAUGGUUGCAGAGAAAGUAGGGUUUCCUACAAAGGUGAUUGAGACGGCUAAGGAGUAUAUGGAAAAAUAG